AUGGAUCACGCAGUGCACGCAACCCGCGGACGACCGUGGAACAAGCUGCGGUUCGAGAACAACGAGCUCGAGAGCCUGUAUCAGCGGUACACGCUGAAGCUGCAGCGUUUUUCCGUCACUGGAGUGGUCGCCUUGGUGGUCAUACUGUGCGGCGUAAUGGGCGGGCUCAGCCUCGGUUACAACCAAGCGCCAACACUACACAAUGUAUUCAACACGUUCAUGUGCCUGCUGUUCACCGUGGUGCUGGGUCUGCUGCAGUUUCGGCUUAUCCGAGACUCACAUCUUCCAUAUCUCUGCUACGGCAUCCUGUUCUUCACGGCAGCCUUCUGCUUCAUCUCGAUGCCCACGGUGGGCAUCGUGUUCCCUGUUGACACGCGCCUAGUGAUGGCUGAGGGCGUAUGGCAGAUCGUGUUUGUCAUCUUCCUUUCGUACGCCAUGAUGCCACUGCAGAUCUGGGAAGCCGCUCUGUUCGGUCUUAUCUUGCCCUCGAUACAUGUCGGACUUACCGGGUACAACAUGUACACUGGCAAUUUCCAGUACCUCGCGUACCAACAGCUUGCGGCCAACAUCGUGAUCUUCGUAGGAGUUAAUGUGGCCGGCUUCGUAGUGAACGUCAUGAUGGAGCGCGCACAGCGACGUGCCUUCCUCGACACACGAAACUGCAUCGCUGCUCGGCUAGAGAUGGAGGACGAAAACGAGAAGCUGGAGCGUCUGCUGCUCUCCGUAUUGCCGCAACACGUGGCAAUGGAGAUGAAGAACGACAUCCUGUCUCCGGUCGAGGGCCAGUUCCACAAGAUCUAUAUCCAGAAGCACGAGAACGUGAGCAUCCUUUUUGCAGACAUUGUGGGUUUCACCGUACUAGCUUCACAGUGUAGUGCUCAAGAGCUGGUACGACUGUUGAACGAGCUGUUUGGGCGUUUCGACCAGUUAGCACACGACAACCAUUGUUUGCGCAUCAAAAUCCUCGGAGAUUGCUACUACUGCGUGUCAGGUAUUCCGGACCCACGUGCGGAUCACGCACGAUGCGCUGUCGAGAUGGGCCUGGACAUGAUCGAUGCGAUCGCGUCCGUAGUGGAGCAGACCGACGUUAUCCUGAAUAUGCGCGUAGGUAUCCAUUCUGGACGCGUCCUAUGCGGUGUGCUAGGGUUGCGCAAAUGGCAGUUCGACGUCUGGUCGAAUGAUGUGACGCUAGCCAAUCAUAUGGAGAGUGGUGGUGAACCUGGCCGAGUGCAUGUGACUCGAGCUACUCUAGAUGCACUUGGCGGUGAGUACGAAGUAGAAGCCGGUCACGGAGAUACCCGUGACUCGUACUUGCGCGAUAACGAGAUCGACACCUACUUCAUUGUUCCUCCAGCUCACCGGCGUAAGCCGCUCAUGCUGAACACUCUCGGAGUUCGAUCAGCGCUUGGAGCCGCCAAUCGACGCAAGCUUUCGUUUCGUAACGUAUCGAACGUGGUGGUUCAGCUGCUGCAUACAAUUAAGUACUCCGUACCCGUGCCGUUUUCCCACAUGGCUACCGGAGGUGCAGGAUCUCCGUAUCCUAGCACCAGUGGAGGCGGUGGUGGCAGUAGUAGCGGUCCUGGUUGUAGCGGUGGUGGCGGCUCCAGUGGAGGAGGUCUCUUCUUGGACAAGAAUGCCCGCAAGGAUCCGGUGCUGCACCUGCAGCGCAUCCUUCACGCUAGUCCAUAUCCUACCGUUACUAGGGCGGGUUUUGCUGGCGGCAGCGCUGGUGGUGCCAGUAGCGGAGGUAAUGCCGGCACCGCCGGAUCCAAGGUUUCCCUCUACGAGUCGGAGUUGAGUGCAUCAAAAAACAAGGUUACGGACAAGUUCAAGCGGCCCUUUAAAAAGCGCCAUUCCAGCGUUUAUCAUCAGCCUUCGAACCGUGUCAAUAAAUUCCUAUCACAGGCGAUCGAAGCCCGCAGUGUCGAUCGGGAAAAAUCGGUGCAUGUCAAGCGUAUUUCCUUACAGUUCCGUGAGAAGGAAAAAGAACGUCAAUAUCAUCAGGACUUCGACCUCGGAUUCAGCACUGCGAUGGGUUGCAGUCUGCUGCUGCUCAUACUAAGUGCCGGAUUACAGAUUUCGGCACUGCCACGUACUUUGAUUCUGCUGUUGCUAUUUCUGACCGCCUUUGUAUGGAUUAGUGCCAUUUUGAUGCUGCUACUAGCAGUACGCCUUAAGUGGAUAUUCUGGGACCUCUCACAGAGCUUUUCCCUCCGAUUGGCCAUUACCAUUUUCACUAUCGUAUUGUUGUAUUCGGUGGGACAGGUGAACGUGUUCACCUGCUUGUCGGAUCACCCGUGUACCAGGAAUUUCACCACCGACAGUGUUCCUAGCUUGGAACUACUUGAACCACCUGGGGCCAACGAUAUGUGGAAUGGUCAGCAUCCACUAAAUAACUACAGCCACCGCAAGUGUGCCCUGCCACAGUACAUUGCUUUAUCGGCUGCAUACUCCUUUUUAUCCGUUUCCAUCUUUCUAAGACUCCCGAUACUCAUCAAAACUGUGCUUGUAACUUUGAUGGGUCUCGUGUACUGUUUGUUUAUCGAACUAUCCCACGCGAACAUCUUUGAUUGCUACGACCAGCGCGUGGUAUCGGCCAUCCCACUACACACAAUUUCGGUGGCUCGUAUCCUCAUCUUUAUGAUUGCUAUCUUAGCACACGGACGACAGGUCGAGUGGACGGCCCGAUUGGAUUUCCUUUGGCAGUUGCAGGCGUCCCAAGAGAAGAAAGAAAUGUCAGUGCUGCAGCAGUCCAAUCGACGCAUCCUCUACAAUUUGUUACCAUCACACGUCGCUGCUCAUUUUCUGGACAAUCAAUUCGCACGCAGCAACAUGGCCACCAUGCGACAGGAUUUGUAUCACCAGAGUUACAGCAAGGUGGGCGUAAUAUUCUGUAGCGUUCCCAACUUUCACGAGUUCUACACCGAGCUGGACGGCUCCAACCAAGGUGUGGAAUGUUUGCGUUUGCUAAACGAGAUCAUCGCAGACUUCGAUGAGCUGCUGUGCGAGGAACGAUUCCAUGCCAUCGACAAAAUAAAAACCGUUGGGAGCACUUACAUGGCCGCUGUAGGACUUAUACCCGAUCACAAAAUGUUAGCGACCGAUCCAGGCUCAAUGCGACGCCUUAUGACGGCGUUGAUCGACUUCGUCAAGGCGAUGCGCGUCACGCUCAAGAACAUCAACGAAAACUCGUACAACAACUUCAUGUUGCGUGUCGGUGUCAACGUGGGCCCAGUGGUGGCUGGAGUGAUUGGUGCUCGCAAACCACAGUACGAUAUCUGGGGCAACACGGUGAACGUGGCCUCACGCAUGGACUCGACCGGCAUCUCGGGCUAUACGCAGGUGACACAAGAAGUCGUUGACAGCCUGCAAGGUUCACACUUCGAGUUUCGCUGUCGAGGUCAGAUCAAGGUGAAAGGCAAGGGCGACAUGGUGACCUAUUUCCUGUGUGAGCAGAACGAGCAGCAUCUGUUUGCGACCGGGCUCGGAACGAAUGGAAUUGCGAGUGGUGCUAUCAGCUCGGGCCAGCCGUCGAUAGAUGGUGUUGGUACCACGGCCGUGCUGGCGAUGGUAGGUGCCACUGGUACUACUGGUGCCAGUGCCGGUGCAGGUCACAUUGGUGGAAGCAUUGGUACUGCUGGUAGUGCUUCGUUGGGUCGAGAUCGGCCCGGCACCUCCAUGCUACCUCAUCAGUUUAAUUUAAGCUCAGCUGGAAAUGGUGGUGGAUUUGUGCAUCAGCAGCAGGGAUCGAGCCUGCAGAUGAAGCAGCGAAUGGAUUUGGAAAGUUCUUCGAGCAAAAAUGCCCGCUGGCAGCAUGAUGGGAGCUACAGCAGCAAGAAAGAAAGCUACAACUUUCUAGAAAGCCCCAAUCUGCUUCACCAGCAACAGCAGCAGCAGCAACAGCAACAGCAGCAGCUGGCGCAAAACCAGCAGGUGCAAAUGAAGCAUAUGCAACAUCAAGGACAAGGAACCAAAAAUCCCAUGCAUUCUUUCCACUAUCAGCAGGCGUACCCAAAUCCUACGCAACAACAGCAACAGCAACAUCAUCAAAUGAAGAGUGGCUUUAAGCAGCACAACAAUAUCAACAACAAUCACAUCAUGAGUAGUGGCUUCCAUGGAGCUGAUAACUACAGCAAGCGCAACUAUGACUAUCAUAAUCACGCUUUGCAUCAGCACGGUCAGCAGGAGCAUGGUGUGCAGCUGCCGGUGUCUAAUUACAAUAUACGCGAAAAUUUCAAUAUCAUUGAAAAUCCCAACGUGACCGACAUAGACGAGAAUAACUUCAAUCACCAUCACCAUCAGCUGAUGGCCGCUGGACGAGAUCACUUAAACAACGGCCAUAAGAUACGCAACCAUCAACAUCACCAUCAUCAUCACAACAACCAGCAACAGGAGCAUCAUGAGGCUGCAUCUAGUCACAAUCCCAACAACCGCGGCACAUACGCUACCGCCUCAGAGAACGAGCCAUUGCUUGGCUCAGCAUCAGGGAUGAGCAGCGUCAUUGGCAACGCAGUUAUCAAACCCAUCCAGCAGAUCCAACAGCAGCAACAUCAGCAGCAAAUACCGAUGUAUGAACCACCGCGGUACGCCACGGCUUCAUCCGUAUUUCCGCAUGCGAUCGGUAGUGGACAAGGAUUCACGUACGGUGUAUCGCAACCGGCAGCAGUACGGCCGCAACAAACUCAGCAACAGCAGCGCCAUCAUCAUGGCAAGCAAUCCUUCAACCAGCCCAACCAGCAAUAUGCCCAUCACAACCAGCACCAUCACAACCAUCACCAUCAACAGCAUCACCCACAGAACCAGUACCAGCAGCGUCAAUCAGCGGCGGUGUUGAAGCAGUACAUCAAACCACUGCCGAAGCUGCCGACAGAGUUCGAGGAGUGUCGCGAGUUAUCCUCUACGGAUGACCUCAGCUCGAGACCACACUCACCCUCGGUCAGUUCUUCCGACGAGAGCUUCUCAAAAACCACCGAAGGUGAAGACUUCGAUGGUGAGCCACACUCACCACUACCUGUGGCAUCCGUGUUCGCAACCGGUGCUAGUUCAGGCAAUCCCCUACAAUACCUGUACCCAUGUGACAUCCAAGUCGAUCCAACAUCGCCCAAAAUGAGCCCAGUUGACUUCGCAAACAUGCAUCGAUCGGACUUCGAGGUAACGAGUACGACAGUCGAGACAAAGUCUUCGUCGGCACACAACAACGGCGAGUCCUGCAAUAGCUUCGAGUAUCUCGAGAAAGGUCCACCGUAUCCAAAGUCACCCUUUGAGCGUGAACUUCAGCGACGCAUGAACGAGUCUCAAUCUCGACCGAUGCUCGCGCAAUCCUCCAGUGCUACAGGACAGGGUGAAGUAACAAUGCAUGGUAUGACCUGUAACGGAGCCGACUUGGCUUUGCGUGAGUCAGAACAUCAAUCAGUGGGUGGCAAGGGAUCCAAUGGCAACAGCUUCGAUCAGCAGCAGGAUAACCUGCUGGAGCGGUCCAGAAAUGUCAAUAAUAUACUGAUCGUCAAGCAUCCUGGCACGUUGGAAGCCAUCAAAGAGGCAACUCGCAAUAAGAAUCCUUCCGAAUCGAGUCACUUACAAACUUCGGACACGGAAUCAUGCGAAAUAAUCCACGACUAUCGCUUGGGUGGCAACGAUCGCCUGAACGACCUGCAAACUCGCCUACAACAGCAACAGCUCAAUCAAACGCAGCAACAACAUCGCCAUCGGAAUUUCCACGCCACAAAAUCGACGAAUGACGCCUCGUCGAACAUCGAAGCAGAUGAGGAUAUGUGUAGUUCGAAUGACGGACACUAUCGUCGUCGGAAACGUGAGCAGACAGACCACGACGGACAAGGCGUUGACGAUGACGAAGAGGAUGAGGAUGAUGACGACGUGGACGAGGAACCGGAAGAAGACGACGACGAUGAGGAUGAAGACGAAGAUGACGAUGAUGAUGAUGAAGAAGAGAGCAAUGGCCAACGUCGAGAGCAGCGUCAAUUACGUUCGAUUUCGAAUCGCCAGCAACGCCCUCAUGAACGACGAGAACGUCGAACCAGCAGUUCAGAACCCAACGGGUCUGCAACACGUAACUACAUCACAGAUGAGCUGAAGUACGGUGCAGGUCAUGGUCAGGUGGACCGCGAAGGAAGUGGCCAACGGGACAACAACAGUUCAACACACCACAAUCAUCAGUCGCUCGACUCCAAUCCGGUCGAAAGCCAGUCCGAGUGGAGUGACGAUGAAUGCCGAGAGGAGGCUACUGGUGGAGCCGAAAGUACGGGUUACAUCACCGAUGAACCGGGUCUGGAAAACAUAUCCCUACUGAACGAAGCCGGUCUGACGGAUGCCGAAGGUGCUCUGUCGGACGUGAACUCGCUCUACAACGCACCGGAUGUGGACGACACCUCCAUAUCGUCACGUGCCAGCAGCCGGCUCUUGAGCCUCGACUCCCUCAGUGGGCUAUACGACUGCGAUCUGGAUUCGAAGCACGAGAUGGCGAUUGUGAGCGCGUCGCACAAAAUUACCAACAAGUUUGGGCCCAUCGGAUGAGAACAUCCGGAGCCAGCACAGCAGCA